ACUAUGGCUCCGUCCCAAACUAUCCACAAGCAGCCUCUCCCAGAGGUGGCGUAGUCUACUAUUUAGUGCUACAGUGGGCGGAUUGAGAUAUCCACCACUCAACAUUUGGCUGUUUUUUUGUUUUUUUAAACUUCACUUUGUGCUUAGACUAUGCAGCGGGAGCGUUUGUUAAAGGUGCUAGUUAUAGGGGAUCUGGGUGUGGGGAAGACGGCCAUCAUCAGGCGCUACGUGCACCAGGUUUUCUCUCAUCAUUACCGAGCCACCAUCGGAGUGGACUUCGCGCUCAAAGUGCUGCACUGGAACCAGGGCACCGUCAUCCGCCUCCAGCUGUGGGACAUCGCCGGACAGGAGCGAUAUGGCAACAUGACUCGUGUGUACUACCGUGAAGCAGUAGGGGCACUGGUGGUUUUCGACAUGACCCGAGCUUCCACUUUGCAAGCUGUACUUAAAUGGAAAGGUGACCUGGAUGCUAAAGUGGCCCUCUGUAAUGGUCAGCCGGUGCCAGCUGUCUUGCUGGCAAAUAAGUGUGACCAGCAGAGACAGGGCUUAUGUGCCAAAAUACCCAAGCUGGAGAGUUUUUCUAAAGAGCAAGGAUUCCUGGGAUGGUAUGAGACAUCUGCCAAGGAUAACACAAACAUUGACAAAGCCAUCAUGUGCCUGGUUGAGCACAUCAUGGCGGGUGAGGUCGAGAAUCCUGCAGCUGACUCAGACCCCAGUCGGGUGAUCCUGCCUAGGUCUGACUACAAGCUCCAUGAACGCCACCAAUCCACCUGUUCAGCUUGUUCCAGGCUGCACACACCUCCCAAAGAGCAUGAGCAAUUAUAACAGCAGAGAAAAUAUACAUAUGUAAAUUACAGUUAUGCAAUUAAAUGCUAUUGCUGAUGACUAUUCAUAUUAUAUUAUUUAUGUCAACGCUUCUCGUUUAUAUAUUCGAUGCACCUUUACUAUAAACAGGUUCUGAAGACUCGUGAUGGUGUUUUGCAUUUGUAGCAUCAAAAUGGUCAUAGACUGACAGUUAAAUGCUAUGAAGAGGAACUUGUUUUUAAGCUGUACAGUUUUUAGUUUUGCUGAACUAAGCAAGACAACAGGACUGUUGAGGAAACUGAGGGCAAACUGUUGACACCUCUGUCAAAAAAAAACAUAUGUCAUGUAGAAAAUGCUGCCUAAAGCACCAUCAACACUGAGAACACUUCAUCUUUUACACUGUAACAGAGGGCAAAUGCAAUGGGUAAAAAUAUUAGUAUUAUUAGUAUUUGUUUUUGUUUUUCUUUAAUUAUAAAUUAAUAAUGUAUAUAUACCCCAAAUCUCACAAACUUGUCUUGCAAAUUUGAAUAACAAUAAUAAAAGAAAUAUGUAACAGCCAUAACUGUUAACAUAUAUUCUUAUAAUGUGUGAAAAUGACAAGGAAGUGGUCAUACUAGGCAAAACAUUUUACUGUUGAUGCAGGACGAGGGUUUAAGGUAAUGGUUAGAGGUUAACGUUUUGGGUUUAAGGGUUGAAUUCAAGUCUGAUCUGUUUCAAAUGGAUCUGUUUUCCAUUAUAUGUUGUGUGAAUGUUUAUGAGUGACAUUCUCCAGCCUCGAAUUGCAGGGGUGUGUGUAUGUGUGUGUGUGUUUAUGGGAGACACUAAGCAGGUGCGUGCCUGCUGUUUAAAUCUGUCCCAAGCUGUUAAUGAUGCAUAUCUGAAUGGUAAAGCUGCUCCGCUGACGUGUUAAUGGUGUUAUAACCCGUAUGUUCCCUGUGCACUGUGUAACUAAUUAUCACUGGCAGACACACUGUCCCUCCUCUCUGCUCUCCAUAAUUUUAAGAUCGUCACAGCUGUUCUCGGCUCUAAAAAUACUCCACGGAGACUGAAUAAUAGGUGUUUCUGAAAAGUAUCUUUCCGUCUGUUGAAUGUGUGCUGAAAUGUUUGCCUGCAUUUGGACAGCAGGUCUAUUUGUGGCCUAAUUGUAAUUUGGGCUUGUCUCAGUGUCAACGGUCCAAUUCUGCAUGUACAGUCGCAGAGUUUUGUGUGAACUGAAUAUAGACAAGCAUCUGUUUCAAUGACCUUUUCAGCGCCAUUUCGUCCGCAGA